AUGGGAAGACAGUGGUACAAGUGGGAAAGCACAGUGUCUACGAAAUUCAAUUUUGAAAAUAAAUUUGAAAGCAUUUUUAAGGAAGCGUUUGAGAUUGCUGAUAAAUUUGAAGUAGUCAUAAAGGUUCCAAGAACAUCAAAUAGACAGACCCUAAGAGUUAAUAUAAAUACAACAUCGGCAGAGGAAUAUUAUCGUGUAUCUGUAUUUAUACCAUAUCUGGAGUCAUUUGCUAAUGAACUAAAAGAAAGAUUUAUUGAUCACGAAACUACAUUAAACUCUUUUCAUUCUUUAUUUUCGAAAGAAGAAUUAGAUGACGACUUUAUGACAUUGCCAACUAAUGCACUCCAAGCUUUAUCGUUUUGUAAUAAUGAAAUUUAUCCUAAUAUUUACAAACUUCUUCAAAUACUAGCCACAUUACCAGUUUCAACAUCAUCUAAUGAACGUACUUUUUCAAAUCUUAAAAGAAUAAAAACUUAUUUGAGGAACACCAUUGGAGAAAAAAGAUUAAAUGGUCUGGCUAUGAUGUGUAUACAUAAGGAUUUACAAUUAACGGCUGACAAAGUUUUGGACGAAUUAGUAAAAAAAAAAACGAAAAAUUGA